UAAAUGUGUAAUAAUAUUCCGGGUCGGGUCGACCCGGUAUUGUGUGGCGAACAAAACAGAAACUGCGUCUUCUACAAAGUUCUGAAGCAGCAGCAUCUUCCAAAACAGGGUUUUGCUAGGGUUUUAAGUCGUUGGCUGUUCUGUCUGAUGCUCUCCCCUAAACCUUAAAUCUCCAUUAAAUUAGAGCAUUAGAUAUUUAUAAAAAUCGAAUCUUUUAAAGACUCUCGAGAAGAAUGAUCCCUACCAAUGGCGCAAGGGUUCUUCGCUUGUUGACUCGUCGAUGUCUCUCCUCAACGCUUGUACAAGAUCUAACCAAUCAGAGACUCAGGGGAGUAGCUAUCGGGAGCUUUAGGAGAUUGAAUACUGGUACUACCAAUCCUGCCAAGUUUCUUGGAGAUUACGCUUCCAAAUCUGGGGAUGGUCGGAAAUGGAUCAAUUUUGGAGGUUUUAAUUCUAGUUUUGGUUCGACAAGGUCUAUUCAUGGAACAGGUUCGUCGUUUAUGUCGGCUAAGGACUACUAUGAAGUUCUUGGAGUGAGCAAGAAUGCUCCAGAUGGUGAAAUCAAGAAGGCUUAUUAUGGGCUAGCUAAGAAACUCCAUCCUGAUAUGAAUAAAGAUGACCCUGAAGCUGAGAAGAAGUUCCAGGAGGUCUCAAAAGCUUAUGAAAUUUUGAAAGAUAAGGAGAAGCGUGACCUAUAUGACCAGGUUGGGCAUGAAGCAUUUGAGCAAAAUGCUAGUGGUGGUGGGUAUCCAAAUGAUGGAGGUUUCGGUGAAGGGUUUAACCCAUUUGAUAUAUUCGAUAUCUUCAGCAGGAACAAGCAAGAGUUCGGAGGCCAAGAUGUCAAGGUUUUGCUUGAGCUUUCUUUCAUGGAAGCUGUUCAAGGAUGCUCCAAAACCGUGACUUUUCAAACCGAACUUGCUUGUAACACUUGUGGUGGACAAGGUGUUCCUCCUGGCACCAAACGUGAGAGAUGUAAAGCCUGUAACGGCUCUGGGAUGACAACAAUGAGAAGGGGUAUGUUAAGCAUCCAACGAACAUGCGAUAAGUGUGGUGGAGCUGGUCAAACCUUCUCGAGUAUUUGCAAAUCCUGUAGAGGGGGUAGAGUGGUUCGAGGACAGAAGACAGUGAAAGUCAAUAUUGAUCCAGGGGUUGACAAUACUGAUACCUUAAAGGUGUCAAAGUCUGGUGGGGCUGAUCCUGAUGGUGACCAACCUGGAGAUCUAUAUGUUAUUUUUAAGGUUCGUGAAGAUCCCGUGUUCCGCAGAGAGGGAUCAGAUAUUCAUGUGAAUUCGGUUAUCAGUGUUACUCAGGCCAUUCUUGGAGGAACCAUUCAAGUUCCAACCCUCACCGGUGAUGUUGUUGUGAAGGUCCGUCCUGGAACCCAACCUGGUCAGAAGGUAGUCCUAAGAAAUAAAGGUAUUAGAGCAAGAAAGUCAACUAAAUUUGGGGAUCAAUAUGUGCAUUUCAACGUCAGCAUCCCUGCAAAUAUAACGCAAAGACAGCGUGAACUGCUCGAGGAGUUUAUUAAAGAAGAGCAAGGCGAUUAUGAGAAGCGAACUGCUUCUGCAUCUUCCUAAUUCUGGACCAUCUUUCUUAAUCGAUAUACCAGUCAGACAUGAUUGAGAUCAAUAUUGCGUUAGAAUUAGUGAAAGAGUAUCGUUUUUGUUUUUGUUCCUUCGAACUGAUUCUAUAGAAAAUGGAAAAUUUGAUUGUGGAACCAUUUUUCAAUAUUACUCGCUGAAAGUAAUAAGAUUUUGUCUGGACCAUUUUCUCU